AAAUGAGAAGCGACCAAUCAGAGGAGCAGGUCCUGCAACAACUCGUCCCUGCCACGUCGAGGAUCAUCUGUUGCUCGCUUCCUCCCAAACUGUCUGUCUCGUCCUGGACACUGACGCCGGGGACAUGGUGCUGCAGGUCGUGCUGAGCUGGCUCUGCUCCUCUCUGCUGCUGCCGGGGGUCAGCGGGGGCGCGCUGCCCGAGGCCGAGGUGCAGAUGGAGGUGAUGUACAGACCGUUCCUCUGUCACCGGAAGUCCAAGUACGGGGACGUCCUGCUCGUGCAUCACGACGGAUUCUUCGAGAACGGAACCAUGUUUCACUCCAGCCGUAACGAAGGCGACAAGCAGCCGGUGUGGUUCACGCUGGGCAUCAGAGAGGUGAUAAAAGGCUGGGACAAAGGCCUGCAGGACAUGUGUGCUGGAGAGAAGAGGAAACUGGUCGUACCUCCUGCGCUGGCCUAUGGGAAGGAAGGGAAAGGUAAGAUCCCACCUGAAAGCACACUGACCUUUAUCAUUGAGGUCCUUGAGAUCAGAAAUGGGCCCAGAUCGCAUGAAUCCUUCCAGGAGAUGGACCUCAACGAUGACUGGAAACUCUCCAAACAUGAGGUGAAAAUAUACCUGAGGAAGGAGUUUGAGCGUCAUGGCUACCCCCCCAACGACACUCUGCAUGAGAACAUGGUGGAGGACAUCUUCGCAAAAGAGGACGAGAACAAAGACGGCUUUAUAUCCUCCAGAGAGUUCACUUACAAACACGAUGAACUGUAAAAGUCUCUCCGGCUCCCACGACUCGCUCAGUCAUGGUUCAUGGUGGAUGCACUUCUAUGAAGAGGUUAUAGCCAAGAUUAUCUCAGGUCACCUUAAGUGGUUUUGUAGAAGCGCUGUUUGUAUGGUGUGGGACACUUAAACCUAUCCUGUUUAAAGCAGUGUGUUGUGGGUUUUGAGUCAGUGAGUUUGUUAAUGUGCUACUUUUAGUGAAAUUUCACCUGCAAAUCGUAGCCUAUUUGUGUUUAAACUAAUUUUGCUCCCUUUGGGACCACUGUCAGUUUAACUUUUCUUUUUUAAAACCUCGAAAACUAUUCCAAACAGGUAAUUGUCAACUCCAUCUUGCAUUUAAGUCCACGUAUUUAGAUUUUUAUCUCUUUAAGUGUCACAGAAUAUCUGAGGGAACAGAAAAGAUGUGAAUCCAUGUGGGCAGGAAAUGUAAGACAAUAUGAAAUAGUCUGUCAAUAUAUCCUUCAUGCUUAUGUUGCUAAAAGGACAUAUUGUUCAGUACAGGUUUUUUAGAUUUUUUUAAAUAAAAACAUUUUAAAAUGGAUAUUAAAGUGAGCAUUUUUAUAUUUGCUGUGAUAAGAAUUAUUCUCUAUAUUAUUAAGAGAAGGAUCGUGUGAAUGGACAAGGACACAGAACUGUACCUGUACCUGUUUUUUACACUGGGCUGGAAGCUGUUUUUUAGAUAUUACAAAUAGGACUCAUAAAACCACAGAGCUGACUAGAAUUCAGACUGCCCUGUUUCUGUGAGGUGGACUUUUUAUUGUAAACACAUCAGGAAUAACUUCAAUAACCAAAUGGCUGCUCUGAUUUGGGAAAUGAGUUUCUAUCUUUAAAUAAAUGUGAUUAAUAAAGUGACUGGGUUUCAAACAGAA